GAGUGGCAGUCACGUGACGCCAAGCGGGAGGCGUGGCCAAGCAUCCUGCUGAGGAAAGCCAGCCGAGUGCCCCCUUCAAAGGAGUCCCCCGGAAACGCCUCUUCUUUUGUGUGCGAGGAAGAGGCCGGUAGGAAAGUACAGAGUUUUGGAGCACAACAAAAUGAAGCCGCUUUUGCCCUGAGAGAGAAGCAGGAAAGUUCAGAACUUUGAAGUCCCCAUUGGCAGCUUCUUUGGACACCGACUGAAAAAUGAACAGACCAGACUCCACAGGAUCUGAAACUGGAAGGGGCCUUGAUGCUCCAAGGGCUGAGGACCAUGGGGAGUUCUGGGAAAGAGUGGAGCAGAGCUUCCUGGGUGAUGAUCUUGCCAGCCCAGACACACAGUGCCAACGCUUCAGGCAGUUCUCUUACAAGGAGGUUGAGGAGCCCCGAGAGGUUUGCAGCCGACUCUAUGAUCUGUGCCAUCAGUGGCUGAAACCAGAAAAACAAACCAAAAAUCAGAUGCUGGACCUGGUGGUGCUGGAGCAGUUCCUGAGCAUCCUUCCCCCAGAGAUGUCAAGUUGGGCGAGGGAAUGUGGAGCGGAGACCUGUUCCCAGGCAGUGGCCCUGGCAGAAGGUUUCCUUCUGAGUAAGAAAGAAGAGAAGCAGCAAGAAGAGCAGCAGGUGAAAAAGCGUGCUGUGGGAGUUCAGCCUUAUUUACGUGCUGCAGUGGAGACUCCAUCAAAUGCCAGGCAGAGUUCCCAACAAAGGAGCCCCAGUUUGCGAAGGGCUGGAGAAAGACUGGCAACAAUGGCUCAGUUGCCUCUUCUUCCUUGUGAUGGAGGAGAACCAUUUCAGGCUCUAAUGGGUUUUGAGGAGGUGGCUGUGUCUUUCUCUGAAGAGGAGUGGGCCCUACUGGAUCCAGAUCAGAGAGCUCUGCACCAGGACGUUAUGAAAGAGAUGUGUGGGAUCAUGUCCACCCUUGGUAACUGUAGAGGGAACAAUAUAUGUGGCGAGCAUGAGAAUUCUCUUAGGCCAAGCUUGGAGUUUACCAGAGACAAGCAAAUACACACAGAAGAAAAAAGUGACACUGGGGAGAUGGCCUGGAAAUGCACCAGCUGUGGGAGAUGGUUUGCCCCAAAUAUGGGGUUUCAGUUACAUGAAGGGCUAGAGCAGGGAAACAAACAAUUUAGAUAUGAACUCUAUGCGAGAGAUUUAGAUAGCAAAUUGUACUAUCAGAAUCGUCAGGGAGGCCAUACAGGAAAGCAACAACGCCAGUGCCAGGAUUGUGAGAAAUAUUUGGCCCACAGUUCAUCACUUGUGAAGUAUCAAAGAGCCCAUGCUAGUAAGAAAUCAUACCAAUGCCAAGAGUGUGGAAAAAAAUGUGUUUCCAAGUCAGAACUUGUCAGGCACCUGAGAGUCCACACAGGAGAGAAACCCUUUAAAUGUCAGCACUGUGAUAAAUGUUUUGCCUGCAAAUCCGACCUUGUGAGGCACCAAAGCGUCCACACCGGAGAGAGGCCCUACAAAUGCCAAGAGUGUGGGAAGUACUUUGCUUCCAGUUCCGUGUUGAAACAUCUGAGGAUCCACAGGGGAGAGAAACCCUACAUGUGCCAGGAGUGUGGGAAGGGCUUUGCCUGCAAGUCAGACCUUGUGCGGCACCAGAGGGUCCACACAGGAGAGCGACCGUUCAAAUGUGAAGAGUGUGGGAAAUGUUUCAUUUCUAAAUCAGGCCUGGUGUACCAUGAGAAGGUCCACAGAGCAGAGACGUGCUACAGUUGCCAGGAGUGCGGCAAAAGCUUUUCGCGUCACUCCCACUUUCUAACCCACCAGAAACUCCACACAGGGGACAGGCCAUUCAAAUGCCAGGAGUGUGGCAAAUGUUACACGGAAAAUUCACACCUCAUCUUCCACCAAAGAAUCCACACGGGAGAGAGGCCAUACAAGUGCGAGGAGUGUGGCAAAGGGUUUACUCGCAGGUCUGAACUCGAAAUCCACCAGAGAGUCCACACAGGAGAGAGGCCAUACAAAUGCCAGGAAUGUGGGAAAGGGUGCAGCCGCAGGUCAGAACUGGUCAUCCACCAGAGAAGCCACACUGGAGAGAAACCCUACAAAUGCCAGGAGUGUGCAAAAUCUUUCGCUUGCAAGUCGGAGCUGGUGAAACACGAGCGAAUCCAUACUGGAGAAAAGCCGUACCAGUGCCACGUGUGUGGGAAGUGCUACACUCAGAAUUCACACCUUCUCUUCCACUGGAGAGUCCAUACUGGGGAAAAACCAUUUGAAUGCCAGAAGUGUGGCAAAUGCUUUGCUCAUAGUUCCUACCUUGUGAGUCACCAGAGAGUCCACACGGGAGAGAAACCAUACCAUUGCCUUGUGUGUGGAAAACAUUUUAUCCGGCAUUCAAACCUCAUCAAGCACCGGAGAGUCCACACUGGAGAGAAACCAUACAAAUGCCAGGACUGUGGAAAAUGCUUUCGUCAGAAUUCACACCUCCGGUCCCACCAAAGAGUCCACAUAGGAGUGAAACCGUACAAAUGCCAGGUUUCCCAGUGCGGGAAACGUUUUUCUGACCACUCACACUUCAUGAUGCACCAGAGAGUUCACACAGAACAGAAGCCAUACAAAUGUCAGGAGUGUGGCAAAUGUUUCAGACAGAAUUCAAACCUGGCGAUGCAUCAGAAAGUCCACCUGAGGAAACCACACACGUGCCAGGAGUGCGGGAAGUUUUUUGAUCACAAGUCGGACCUUGUGAAACACGAGAGAGUCCACACAGGAGAGAAACCAUACAAAUGCCAGGAGUGCUCCAAAUGUUUUGCUUGCAGUUCACAAGUGGUCCGCCACCAGAGGGUCCACAUAGGUGGAAAGCCUUAUAAAUGCCAAGAGUGCGAGAAGUGUUUUGGUCACAACUCAGACCUUGUGAAGCAUCAGAGAGUCCACUCAGGAGAGAAACCUUACAAAUGUCGGGAGUGUGGGAAAUGUUUCAGUCAUACUUCAAGCCUUGUGAAGCACCUGAGAGUUCACACAGGAGAGAAACCAUUCAAAUGUCAGGAGUGUGGGAAGUUUUUUUCUCAAAACUCACACCUAGUUAUCCACCAAAGAGUCCACACAGGAGAGAAGCCCUACAAAUGCCAGGACUGUGGAGCUUGCUUUGCCCACAAGACACACUUUGUGACUCACCAAAGACUUCACACAGGAGAGAAGCCGUAUGAAUGCCAGGAGUGUGGGAAAUGUUUCACGCAGAAUUCAAACUUUGUGAGGCACCAGAGAAUCCACACAGGGGAGAAACCGUACGUAUGUCCGCAUUGCGCAAAAGGUUUUGCUCACAUGGCUGAUCUGGUGAAGCAUCUAAGAGUCCACACAGGAGAGAAACCGUACCGGUGCCAAGAGUGUGGCAAAUGUUUCUCCCAGAAUUCUCAUCUAGUGACUCACCAAAGAGUCCACACAGGAGAGAAACCCUUCCGAUGUCAGGAAUGUGGGAAGUAUUUUGCUUACAAGUCACAAUUUGUGAGUCACCAGAAAGUUCACAUGGAAGAGGAACCAUACAAAUGCCCAGAUUAUGGAGAAUCUUUUGCUCCUGUCUCAGACCUUGAGAGCCACCAGACAAGCCACACUGGAGAAAUUGUGCAAGUGCCAAGAAUGUGGGGAAUAAUUUGGACAAAAGUCAGGCUUUGAGAGGCACCAGAGACCUUGGGAUACAUUGGGAUAACCCUCAUUUUGGCCUCCUGUGGAUACAUUUUGUCAACACUCAGGUUUGAUAAUCUACCAGCACAUCCACUCAGGAAACCAACCUCAUCUGUUCUCUGAGCUUGAUAAGGCACUUAGCAGACCACUUUGAACACCAUGCUGGAAAUAAAGGCCUGUUAGUUAUGAUGUUGAACGUUAGACUUAAAGCAUUGUUUGGGUUGAGGAUCCCUUACCCGAAAUUCUUGGGACUGAAAUGUAAUGGGAUAUCAUUUUUUCCAGAUUUUGUAAUAUUUGCAUAAAUUGGGUAUCUUGGAGAUAAGUUCCAAGUCUAAACAUGAAACUUAAGUUACAUUUUAUAUAUAUGUGACAUUGCCUGAAGGUAAUUUUAUACAUAAUAUUUGUAGUAAUGUGCAUAUAAUGCAUUUGUGUAUACUGAGCCACCAGAAAGCAAAGAUGUCACUGUUUGCUAUCUGUGUGGACAGUUUCAGACUUUGAGGAAUGAUCAGCCCUCCACGUUUGCAAGGGAUUUAGGGGCACAGGGCCUCCAAGAAAGUGAAAAGCUGUGAAUAGAGAAAUUGUUGGAGUUUUUUUAUGGGCUGCAAACCAAGAGGUAGUUUGUAGCCAUGGCAUUGUGACUCUGAGCUUGGAAUCAGCAUGGAAAGUAUUUUCAUCAGGAAUGUUCAAUUUGUAAUUAAUUAGUCAAGUCCUUAUAGAAGAGUAGGCCUUGGAGUGUGCUGCAGAGGUGCAUGAGCCAAGUGGGCUAAACCUAAUGCAGCUUUUAUCAAAAUAGCAAGAUGUGCCUAACUAAGGUUGGGAUUCAGCUCUGACCAAGCGCCUCAAGUCAGGCAGAGAAUCAGUGGCCUUUCCCUCUCACAAGUCUCUGGGAUUGUAAGAUACAGUGCCCCCUGACAAGGGAGAUUCAGUUUACUUAUAACAGUAUCAUAGUAAAGAUUUUUCCCUGACAUUAAGUCCUGUCGUGUCCGACUCUAGGGGUUGGUGCUAAUCAAUAUUUCUAAGCCUAAGAGCCGGUGUUGUCCAUAGUCACCUCCAAGGUCAUGUGGCUGGCAUGACUGCAUGGAGCGCCAUUACCUUCCUGCCAGAGCGAUACCUAUUGAUCUACUUACAUUUGCAUGUUUUCGAACUGCUAGGUUGGCAGACGCUGGGGCUAACAGCUAGAGCUCACCCCGCUCCCUGGAUUUGAACCACUGACCUUUUGGUCAGCAAGUUCAGCAGCUCAGCGGUUUAACCCAUUGUGCCAUUGGGAGCUCCUAACAAUAUCAUAGAAUCAUAAAAUAAUAGAGUUAGAAGAGACCACAUGGGCCAUCUAGUCCAACCCUCUGCCAUGCAUCUGCAGAAGUCAAACCUGGAAAUAUGGAAGGCUGACUGUCCAGUUAACACAUUGGCCUAAAUCCAAUGGAUGGUCCCAACUCAAAACAGACCUGUUGAAUUGAUGGGAACUUAGUAAGUUUACACUUUCCAUAUGUUCCAUUGAUUCAAAGGAUCUCUUCUAGUUGGCACUAGGAGCUGGAUUUGGGCAAGUGUGUAUUUUAUGGGAUUGUCUUUUGCAUGUCUGCUUGUUUAAUUAUGAAAAAGGGGAUUUUUUCACCCUCUUUGUGAUUUCACAAAUGGAGCAAUUGCAACUAACACUUAUCACUACUAUUGCUUUUGAAAUUGGUAGGUAGCCUUAUGGGAAUUCCUGUCAGUUCCCACUGCUAUUUAAUCACUGUGAAAUGGACUUUUAGAAUUACAAUGUUUUGAUUUUUUAAAAAUGUCAAUCAACACAAUUAGUGACUUGCAGUCACAACAUUUUUAUUUAGGAGACAGGUUAUUUAUACCUGUUUCCUCGGGCUGCUUCUUUAUCUGUUUUUCCAUUAGAUUAACUUACUAGAUCUUGGGGGAGGGUGGCAUAAAUAAUGGUGAAUCAUAAGUACUUUUGGGGAUGCAGUAGAUUUCAUUGUGGGCCGCUUAGGAGUUGAGGGAAAUACUUUGUACAAUAUAAUCUCUGAGAAAUCACCUUAUUCUUUGUAACUGGGAUAGGCAAAUGCCCCCCAAACUUUUUGCAUAGGUCCAGAAUUUGAAUAAUCCCCACAAUGCUCCCAGAUGCCCUCUUUAGUUUGUGGAAAGCACUUUUGCCACUUUGUACCCAGAGCCCCAACAAUGUUAGAUUCAGGAGAGGGCUUUAUUUGAAUCAGAGAGUGAAUCUGGGUCACUUUUCCUGGGUCUAAAAUGACUGAGGAGAAUCAACAUCUAUGCUUUCUAGAGCACUGCUCCUUAAAUUGUGGGUUCUGAUCCCAAAUUGGGUCCCCUUAGCUCAGUGUUGGGCUUAUGAAAAAUUUUGCAACAGUAAAAGGUUUCUGAAUGCUACCCAUUUACAAACACCUGUUACCAAUAACGUUCAGUGUUUACAGUGGACUCCGCAGAAAAUAUCUCCAUUACACAAAAAGUAAAAUCAGUUUGUUUAGCAAGCCUUGCAAAUGCUGAUUUAUUAUCAUUAAAUCUUCAUUUGUUUUUGUUAUAUCCCUGGAGUCAUGUAAAAUGUCUAGGGUGGAAAGAGAUCCCGAAUGGAAAACAUUAGGAUGCCCUGUUCUAGAGAGUAAUUGAGGACAAAAACAAUUCUCAGUAACACUACGUAACAAAAUUUGAAAAAAAAGUUCCUGAUUUGAAAGUGUUAUUUCCUGUUUAAUUGUGCAGUACCUACCUUGAAAGUAGAUGUUAUAUUCAGAAACUUUGUUUUUGUGGCUGCCACAAACUACUAUGUUGAAUUUGUUGAGACUAAAUGAGAUAUUCAUUAAAAAACUAUAGCAAAAUGUGCUGCAGGAUGUCCCGUAAAAACAAUUUUUUUGCAGUUUAAUAAACUUUCCCCAUGUUUUUAUGAUAGAACUAAUUAGGAAAUUGCAUUUUUAACCCAGAAAUAAAAAUUGUGUUACAUAGUUCCCUGCAUAAAGGGAACAGUUCAGCUGCGCAUUCCCAAAUUCGGGAAAGCAAAAGCUGUUCGCUUUUUCUAAGGCCCCCUCUACACUGCCAUAUAAUCCAAUUUCUGAAUCCAGAUUAUCUGCUUUGAACUGGAUUAUAUGGCAGUGUAGAUCCAGCCUAAGUGUAGAGGUCCUGGGAAGAAGAAGAAAUGUUUGCAGCAGCUGAGUUUUCACAUUUUUGAGGACAACUAAUCCCCAACUUCAAGUAACUUCUCAGCUUCUAAGGUGGUCAUACUCAUUUAGUGGCAAAAUGUGAUUCACAUUUUUAAAUUCUCAGUAAAUGUAAAUAAAUGAAUUCCUGUGAUUUGAGGACUAACUAUCCUUUGUGACCAGAAAGAUGAGAUACCCACAGUUUGUCAUGGUUUAGUCCAGGGAUUUUAUUGUUCUGAAUAUGUAUCUUAGGUGUUGCCAAUUUUGUCUGAAUUUGGGGGGGGGGGGUAUGUGGUCUGCCUGUAUAAACUUUUAUGCUUAAUUCAUUAUUUGUUGUUAUUGUGUAUUUUUUCCUCACUUGAGGGCUAAAAUCCUGCAUGGGUUGAUAUAGCAUAAUUCUGCAUUUGGAGCAACAUGACACUGAGCAAUAUAUCCCCUGAGGAUAGUACUGUAGCCCUUUUAAGGUUCUGACAUCAAAAUCAAUAAUAACAAUAAGAAUUUAUAUAUCACCCACCUCUCCUUGUGUCUCAAGGCACGGUAUAACAUAGUUAAAACAGUGAAGUUCAACAAAGCAUACACACAAGUAAAAUGCAUUUACAGAUAAUAUGCAAGUUAGAAUUCACAAGUUAAAACUGACUGGAUAGGACUGCCAGAAGAGAUAGCUCUUCAGUUGUGUUUUAGAUGAUUUAGCUGUCAAAGUUCUUUUGGCAGGUCAUUCCACAGUCUUCUCGAGGCAACCAAUGAAAAGAUCCUCUGGUUGGAUCUGGUCACCAGUCGGGUUCUAGCUGGUUGGGAGUAAGUGUCCCACAUAGGACUUCGGUGUUCUAAGGUAGGAGUAUUAUACAGGAGAAGACAAUCCUACUAUGUAGGGCAUUAAAGGUCAAAUCCUUCACCUCAUACUUUGCCUGGAAACUAAUUGGCAGCCAGUGAUGUGCUCACUCUUGGGUGUUCCUGUAACCAAUCUGGCUGCCAUGUUUUGAAUUAACUGGAAUUUCCAAAUUUGGUACAGAGGUAGCCCAAUGUAAAACACAUUGCAGAAGUCAAUCGAGCUUAAAAGCACGAGCGCCCUCCAAAUCUAGGAAGAGGCCCAACUGGCUUAUCCACCAGAGCCAUGCUUUUUGGUAAUUGUUACUUUUGACAGUGUCUCCCAUGUGGGAUCUGUAAUUGAUUGAUCCGUUGGGUUCAGAUUGGAUGGCUCUGUCUCAAUUCUGUGAUGAUUGCCAGAGGUGAAAAUAUUCCAUUGUACUCCGUGGCCCUCUGGGAUCUUCCCGGAGCCAUUGGUGUAAUCAUUUUGUGCCUCACUAUGAGGACCUUUUGGGGUGAAGGAUUCAGUGACUACUAUAGAUCUAAGACAGUACCACAGAAGCCACAAACAGAACUUGUUAUAUGCAUGCAUAUGCCACUUACAACAGUGUGCUGGUUGUCAUAUGUUUUCUUUACCAUUCUGUAGAUAUAUUUUGGGCAACUGAUAAACACUUCUGAAGCACUUUUAUGCACUGGCAUGAUCUCUGUUUUUCUAACAGAUCAGAGCUCAUAGAGUCAUAGCUGGAAGAGACCUCAUGGGCCAUCCACUCCAACCCCAUUCUGCCAAGAAGCAGGAAAAUCACACUCAAAGCACCCCCAACAGAUGGCCAUCCAGCCUCUGCUUAAAAGCCUCCAAAGAAGGAGUCUCCACUCCACUCCACAGCAGAGAGUUCCACUGCUGAACAGCUCUCACAGUUAGGAAGUCCUUCCUAAUGAUAAGUUAUUAUAACUGAAGACAUUACCUUGCAUAAUUACAUCUAGCUGUACACCAUAGGAGAAGAUUCUACUCAAAUGGGUUUUUGGCUCUUCUUUGAGAGGUCAUGCUUUUCCAAAUGGCCAUGAUCUCCAAAUGGUUAUGAAUGCCAUUUUCCAAAAAAUAUGCUUAUUGUGAUUUUCUAUGGACACAGGUGGCAUUUGUUCUGUAUCUCGAAAAACGAUGGGGAGAAACCAGUGCCAUUUUCAGAAUCAGCAGGUCAAAUAUACAGUAAAGUCUCACUUAUCCAAGACUCACUUAUCCAACUUUCUGGAUUAUCCAACGCAUUUUUGUAGCCAAUGUUUUCAAUACAUCGUGAUAUUAUGGUGCUAAAUUCAUAAAUACAGUAAAUACUACAUAGCAUUACUGUGUAUUGAACUACUUUUUCUGUCAAAUUUCAGGACUCGCCUGAUACAGUAGAGUCUCAGUUAUCCAAGACUUGCUUAUCCAAGAUUCUGGAUUAUCCAAGGCAUUUUUGUAGUCAAUGUUUUCAAUAUAUCAUGAUAUUUUGGUGCUAAAUUAGUAAAUACAGUAAUUACAACAUAACAUUACUGUGUAUUGAACUACUUUUUCUAUCAAAUUUGUUGUAUAACAUGAUGUUUUGGUGCUUAAUUUGUAAAAUCAUAACCUAAUUUGAUGUUUAAUAGGCUUUUCCUUAAUCUCUCCUUAUUAUCCAACAUAUUCGCUUAUCCAAUGUUCUGCCGGCCUGUUUACGUUGAAUAAGCGAGACUCUACUGUACCUAGAAACAGGUCCAGCAUCUAAAACCAGUGUUAUUGGAUAUUUCAAUUCUCUCCCAUUUCUUUCUUGCUGCAAAACAAUAACAAAGCACCCGCUGUCUGUCAAUUUUGGUAUUGGCCCCGCCUCUUCCGGCCUCUAAAAAUGAGUACUGGCUGUCACCCUUGGUCCCGCCCCUUCCGGUUUACUGUAGAGCUCUAUCUAGAGCGGCGCUUCCGGGAGACUGUCAUUUCUACUUCCGCCUCUGGAGGCGCUGGAAGCUCGUUUAAAUCAUCUUCCUUUUCUGAGGACGCCUCAGCCUCUCAGAGGAGCCGGGAGAAGCAUCUGGCAAUAUUGAAAAUAUUCUUCAUCCUUUUGGAAUAUACCUGUGACAAUGAUCAGCCGAGAAUUCGUUGGACGCAGUUUGGGGAAAGGCCCUUAUCUCAUUCAGGCCAAGCCUGGUGGAGCGUUCAAGGAAAGAGCUACACAGAAGAGCCUGAGGAAGAAUGUACUCCUUUCAGACAGACAGCGGCAGAGCUUCAGGCAUUUCCGCUACAAGGAGGCAGAGGGGCCCCGGAGUCUUUGCAGCCAGCUUUAUUCCCUUUGUCGGCAAUGGCUGAAGCCAGAAAGACACACCAAGGCGGAGAUGCUGGACCUGGUGGUGCUGGAGCAGUUCCUGGCCAUCCUUCCUGCGGAGAUGAAGCGCUGGGUGAGGGAGUGCAGGGCAGAGAGCAGCUCCCAGGCCGUGGCCCUGGCAGAAGGAUUCCUCCUCAGCCACGCAGAGGAAGGCAGGCAGAGCAAGGAGCAGCAGUACUGGUUUGUGGAAGAGAUGACUGAAGUAACAAAGGGUCCUUCGGAGACCAAGGGGAUGAUGAUGGAGAGGGGAAAGGUUUCCACUUCAAUGGGAGAAGGAACAAGGACACAACCCACAUUUACAAGUCCAUCUCUUGAUUAUGAUGCAGCGUCAGUGGGGCUGGAUCAGGUGCCCUUUGAGGAGGUGGCUGUGGAUUUCACGGAGGAGGAGUGGGCUCUGCUGGAUGCAAGUCAAAGGGCCCUUUAUGGAGAAGUCAUGGGAGAGACUUCCAAGCUCCUGUUUUCUCUGGGUGGUGAUGAGCAAUUUGGAGAGAAUGAAGGGGACCCAAGUAAGGGACUGUUCAAUAAAGACAAAUAUAAACAGAUGGGACCAAUAGGAAGAAACACUGAUGCUCCUAGCAAGAGGAGGAAGAAAAUAUCAACUUCUCGAGUUGAAAAGGUCUGUGGAAUCUCAGUCCCAGAAAUAACUCAGAAAGGAAAGGAUUGGAAUGGAAGUACUUGUCAAUUAUGUGGAAGAAACUUUAGUUGUAAACAAAGCCUUGCUUCUCAUCUGAGGUCUCACACGGGAGUAAGGUCUUUCAAAAGUGGAGAGUGUGGAAAGAAUAUCAGUUUUAGGAAAACUUCCAUUUCCCAUUCAGGAAACCACUUGAGCCAUGAACCAUUUAAAUGUUCAGAUCAUGGAAAGAGCUUCAUUGAGAAGAGACAGCUGACCUGUCAUCAAGCACUUUACACAGGAGAGAAACCAUUUCAGCUCUUGGAGAGUGGAAAAAGUUUCACUCAGAAAAUGCACCUCACAUGUCACCAAAGAACUCAUUCUGUAGAUGAAGGAUUUUCAGGCUUGGAGUGUGGAAAGAGCUUCAGUUGGAGGACCAGCUUGAAUCAUCACCGAGUGUCCCAUGCUGGAAAGAAAUCAUUUAAAUGUUUGGAGUGUGAAAAGAGCUUCAGCCAGAAAUCACUCCUCGCUUGUCAUCAAAAGGUUCACACAGGAGAGAACCUAUUUAACUGCCUGGAUUGCGGAAAGAGUUUCGUUCGGAAGACUCACCUCGAAUGUCAUGAAAGAGUUCACACAGGAGAGAAACCAUUUCAGUGUUCAGAGUGCGGAAGAGGCUUUAGGCUGAAAACGCACCUCACUUGUCAUCAGAGGGUUCAUACCGGGGAGAAACCAUUUCAGUGUUUGGAGUGUGGAAGAAGCUUCCGUCGGAAGGGACACCUCACUCACCAUCAAAGCGUUCACACAGGGGAGAAACCAUUCCAGUGUUUGGAGUGUGGAAAAAGUUUCACUCGGAAGUCAAACCUCUCUAGUCACCAAAGAAUUCACACGGGGGAUAAACCCUUUCAGUGCCUGGAGUGUGGAAGAAGCUUCAGCUUUAAGUCUUAUCUUGCUUCUCAUCAACGAAUCCACACAGGAGAGUAACCAUUCAGAUGCUUGGAGUGUGGGAAAGGUUUCAGCCACAAGGCAUCCUUUAUUGCUCAUCAUGCCUCUCACAAAGAGGAGAAUGCAUUCAAAUGGUUGGAGUAUGGAACGAGCUUCAGCCUGACGGCAGACCUCACUUGUUCUCAAAAUGUUCAUAUAAGGAAGAAACCAUUUAAAUGCUUGGAGUGUGGAAAGAGCUUCAGGCAGAAGAUAUCUCUCACUUGUCAUCAAAGAGUCCACACAGGGGAGAAACCGUUUCAGUGUUUAGAGUGUGGAAGAAGUUUCAGGUUGAAGGCAAACCUCACUCGUCAUCAAAAAGUUCAUACAGGGGAGAAGCCCUUUAAAUGCUUUGAAUGCGGAAAGAGUUUCAUUCAGAAGGUACACCUGGUUUGCCAUGAAGCAACUCAUACAAGGGAGUAUGAGUUCAAAUUAGAAGUGAUUGGACAACAGAGCUGAGGUGGCUCCUCCAUCAGAUUUUGGGUUGUAUGUAUUGCCAGGAAAGUUGGACCAUCUCACUUAGAGAAGGCUCCUACCACAUGUGCAUCAUGGAAGGCAGGCAGGGAGAGGGAGACUGCAAGAUAAGAUCUAAGGGUCCAAAGAUAGUCUGUGUAAAGCAUGAAGAGAGUGGGUGGGAGAAACAAACAAGAAGUUACCAUAAAUAUGCUUCGCCUAAACUCCAAGAUAGUCACGUGCAAUCUUAAGUGUUCAGUUGUCAUCAGAGUUCACGCAAGGGGAAAGCCACUUAAAUGCUUUGAAUGUGGAAAGAUUUUCAUUCAGAAGGUACAAAAGAUCUGCCAUCGAGCAACUCAUCAAAGGAAGUGGCAGUUCAAAUCAGGACUGGGCAAACAAGAGAGCUAAGGUGUCCCUUAUUCAGUGACUCUCAGGGCUGAGUGUCCCUGAAUGUCGUCAUUAUGGGUAACUGGAAGAGACGUUGCACCUUCCACUGGGGCAAAUGGAAGUGCCUUUCCUGUCGCCUCUGGAGAUGUUGUGAGAGGUGGGCUUUGUGAUUCUUAGAUGGAAGAAUACUUGACAGAGCUUUCCAUACACCUCUUUUGGCUGUAAAACAGGGUGGUAAGAUCAGCCUUUGGGAUAAGUUAGUCCCAGAUGCCCUACCGGGCCUGUAGUUCACACAGUUCUCUCCUUGACUGUAAGAGCUUGGAGUGUGUAAAGAACUUCCAUAGGGAGAUAGACCUCAUUUCCCAUUAAAGAACUUUGGGUUGGAACAUUCAUUUAAGAACUGGGUAUUUGGGAAGAGCUGUAGUAGGAAGGAGAGCCCUUAUUUCACACGAAAGAGCUGAAUGUCAGAAAAAACCAACAACAAAACAUUAUUUUCUGUCAACUUUAUUGGAAUUGUGUGCCUUCAAGUCAGUCCCCACAUAUAGUGAAUCGUAGGUGAAUCUAUAAAAUUUGUUCAGAGCUGCUGGCUUUCCUCUGAGGUUGAAAGAGUAAGUCUGGUUCACGAUCACCAGUGGGUUUCCCUGACAAAGCAGGAUUUCAAACUCAGAUCUUCUAAGUCAUCCAAUCUUGAAAGCACUGCAGCAUUUGUGUGUGUGUAUCAGGAGCAACCUGAGAAACUGCAAGUCGAUUCUGGUGUGAGAGAAUUUGCAGUCUCCAAGGACAUUGCCCAGAGGAUGCCCAGCUGCUUGGUGUUUUACCCUUCUUGUGGGAAGCUUCCCACAUGUCCCUGCAUGGGGAGCUGGAGCUGACAGAGGGAGCUCACUCGCUCUCCCGGAUUCAAACGGUCGACCUGUCAGUUAGCAGUCCUGCCAGCACAAGGGUUUUAUAGCAGUUGGAAAACAUGCAAAUGUGAGUAGAUCAAUAGGUACCGCUCUGGCAGGAAGGUAAUGGUGCUCCAUGCACCUUGGAAGUGUCUACCGACAACGCCGGCUCUUCAGCUUAGAAAUGGAGAUGAGCACCAACCCCCAGGGUUAAUGAUUAAAUGACUGUUCACUUGUAAAAGUCAGGCAUUUCAUUUUUUUGUUUUGGUGGAACAAGUGCUGUCCUGAUUUCUGAUUUUGUAGAAUGAGACUAUGACUUACCGUGAUCUUGACAUUAUACUCCUAUUGAUGCAGCCGCCCUGAAUCCUUUUGGAAAGGAAACGGGAUAUAAAUAAAGUUUAUUAUUAUUAUUAGAA